UAGAUUUAAGUAUUAAUACGUAUGCAUUGGUUCCUACUAUUGAGUCGUUGCCCAAUUUAGCAAUAUUAAAAAUAACGAGAUCUUUACUGUCCAAGGCGAAACUGUCAAACAAAAAUGAUCUGCCAAUGCUUACGGCUAUCGACUAUUCAGAAAACAUCAUAAGCAGUUUUGAAGUGGUUCCUGAUGAACACGAAUUCAAAUCACUGAAGAAACUAAAUUUAUCACAUAAUUCUUUAGAUAAUAUCCUAGAUGGCACUUUUGAAUUAUUUCCGAAUAUAGAAUCGUUGGAUUUAUCUCAUAAUUUAUUUGGCACAUUAGAUAUCAUGUUCUUUGAAGGUAUAAAAAAACUUUUGCAUUUAAAUCUUGCAAAUAACAGAAUAGCUAGCAUAGAUUCUUCGUUUAAUAAACUGCGAUAUUUGGUAACGUUGGACCUCAGCUAUAAUAUCAUAGAGAAAUUAAACGCGAGGGAUUUCGCUAAAUUAGUGAACUUAGAGGAAAUCAAACUUGAUUCUAAUGGUCUUCAUACCAUAGAGAAAAACUUCUUUAAAAAUAUGCCAUCAUUGACUACAAUUAGUAUACAAGAUAAUGCUAUAGAUAGUAUUGAUCAAGAAAUAUUUAUCAAUGCGACAAAAUUAAGGAAUGUUUACCUUUCUCGAAAUAGGAUUAAAAUACUCUCCAAAGAUUUGUUCAAGAAUAAAACUAUAUUUGAUUUUACGAUAGAAGGCAAUCAACUAGAAGGGCCUCUAGAAAGAGGUUGUUUUGAAGGACUUGCCAUGGUUAAAGAAUUAGAUUUAAGUGGCCAACAUCUAACCUCUAUAGAAAAUUACGCCUUUGCCGGGCUUAAAACUUUGGAAACCUUGUUACUAAAUAACAAUGCCGUGGAGUUAUUAAGAAACUAUUCGUUUAAAGGUUUACAAAGCUUGAAUAUUUUAGAUUUAUCUUAUAACAAAAUCAACGACCUGGAUAUUGUUACCGAGGACCUCAUUAGUUUGCAAGUAUUAACAUUACAUCAUAAUAAAAUAGCACACAUCUCAAGUAACAAUUAUAUUUCAUUAGGAUCUCUGCAGUUACUUGAUUUGUCUCAUAAUAACAUAUCGUACUUGGGAUCUAAUUAUUUUCGAUCUUUACAAAGUUUAUUAAAUUUUAAAAUCUCAGACAACCCUCUCUUCGGUUCAAUAGUAGAGUAUACGUUUGACGGAUUAAGCUCUUUACCAAGUCUUGAUAUAUCCGGGACUUUAAUAACUACAGUAAAUAAUGGUUCUUUCAUUGGUAUGACUAUAUUAAGAGACUUAAAUAUUUCACAUAGUAACAUAACUGAACUCCAAUACAAUUCACUGUCCUAUGUUUGCAAUAUUCGAACAAUUGAUCUUUCAAAUAAUCGACUAUCUGUAUUCGAUGUUAAUACAACUGACUUAAGGAAUCUUGAUACUUUAUUGCUGAAUAAUAAUAUGUUACAGAUAAUUUCUCAAACAGUAUUUAAAGGGCUGAGUUUGCUAAGAACGGUUGUUUUAUCGUAUAAUAGUAUUUGUACCAUUCAUGAAGAAACUUUUCAAAAGGAUAUACGCAAUUUAGAUUUGUCGUAUAAUCCUGAAUUGGAAUUUGAUGUACUUUUAGUUAAACAAUCUGUAAAUUUAGCAAAUCUGUAUAUUUCGGGAACAAAAACCGUGUCAAUGUCACUUACAUUUGAAAAUGUAAAGGGUCUUCUUACAUUAGAAAUGACACAUUUGAACAUCCAUAACAUUAGCAUUCUAAAAUUAUUUAAUCUACAACGUUUAGAAAUGUUAGUAUUAAACAAUAAUGCUGUUUCCACGCUUAAUAUUGGUGCUUUAUCCAAUUUGACGUCCCUAAAACAGUUAGACCUGAGUUAUAACAGUUUAAAUUACAUUCAGCCCGGAGUUUUCAAAGAAAAUACCUACUUGAAGAUAUUAAACAUUUCACACAAUAAGUUAUUGGAAAUUAGUCACGGGAUAUUUCAGGGUCUUUUGUACGUGGAAGUUAUAGAUUUAUCGUUUAAUAAGAUUAAAGAUUUACACCGAUCUAGAUUCUACGAUGUUGAGCAUUUAGACACUCUUAUAGUAGAUAACAAUGAAAUUGAGUUUAUUUCCGAUGAUGAGUUCCUAGGGAGUAGUCUAACUAAACUCAGCAUAGGAGGCAAUCCACUACCCUGCAAGAUUUUGUACAAAAUCAAAAGAAAAAGUUUUCACAUUAGCAUUACUGCUAUAAAUAUUGAAGAAACAAAAGACAACUUAAAAGGGGUUACGUGUAAUAAAGAAGGUUAUAAUUUUGAUUCAAAUGUUGCCCCGGAAACUGUCGAGCAUAACAAAUUGCUGUUUGAUAUAAGGAACAUAUUAUAUAACGUUUCGAGAGGGCAAAUUUUCAUAGAACCUGUUGGAGCUAAAUACAUAUAUAACGAUUCUUCACAUUUAGAAAGUAUAAUAAAUCAAGAACAAAAAAUGAAUCAACACAGUUUAGAAAUCAUAAAUUCAAUUAAAAACUUAUCUUCUGUUAGUAAUCUGACUUCAAUUAUUAAUAGUAAUACGAACAUACUGUUAGGAAAAAUAUUGCAAGUGUUGACUGCAAAAGAAUCCAUUACAACAAGCAAACCUAUAAUUGUAAUCAAAGAAAAUACUACUUCGGGUAGUCUACUUUCCUACAUUAACAAAAUCAAGCAAGAUUUAGAAGACACUUUAGCUGUUGAAAGACAAAAUGUUUUACAGUUGGAUAAUAAAAUUAAUAGGCUUAAUUCAAAAAUAGAUUUGACAAUGACAACGAAGACUCCUAUUCAUGAGAAAUCGCUUAAAACCAAAGACGAAGAAAAGCAAAAGUCUGUUUUCACUGAGGUUUGUGUGGGUUUGAUUUUGGUGAUUUUGAUUUGUUUUAUUUUGUAUAAAAUAUACAAAUCUGAACUCUAUCUACCCAGAGGCUGGUCGCGCACUAGUACGAGUAGCAGACGAAAUAUAGCUGAGUCUAUGGAAAGUGCGCAAUUAUAAAC